AUGUCUCAGAACUCCCUUCAGUGUGCCCUGCGCCCAGCCGCCCAAGCCGACGAGCACCUCCGGAUGGGAGAGCAGCGGGCGGCGGCCCUGGAGGCCCGGGUCUCUGAGCUGUCGGGGCUGCUCGGAGCCUACGAGAAGGCCAGGCAGAAGGACCAGGCCACCGUCCAGAAGCUGAAGGACCGCAUCGCCCAGCUGGACCUCGAGAACAAGACCCUGGCCGUCGCCGCCUCUGGCCAUGCCGCCAGGGGUCUUGCCCUGGAGGACGGCCACCUGGACGCCAACGUGCUGAGAGACAAGGUGGAGAAGUUGGCGGAGCUGGCGCGAGUGGCUGCCGAGCACACCCCGUCUCUCCUGGGGGACGUUGGGGGUCUCUGCCCGGCUGAGCCCCCGAAGGAAAUGGAGUCUGGGGACGGCGAGAAGGCCACCGUGGCCUAUUAUCAACAGGAGCUCAAGCAGCUGAAGGAGGAGUUUGAGAGGUACAAGGUGCGGGCGCAGGUGGUCCUGAAAAACAAAUCGGCCAAGGACGGGAACCUGGCCAAGGAGCUAGAGGAGAGUCAGGAGCAGCUGUCGGAGCUGAAGGAGAAGUACGUUUCCCUUCGGCUGUCCCGCGAAGUGGAGGCCAAGCAGCACCAGGAGCAGGUGGAGGCCAAGAGGCGAGAAGCGGCUCUCCUCCAGCAGCUCCACCGCCAGGAGCUGGAGCGAUGCCUGUCGGACGGCCGGGAGAAGGCCCUCCGGCUGGAGGAGGAGAUGCACAAGCAGCGCGACCGGGCCCUGGCCGUCCUGGCAGAAAAGGACCAGGAGCUGCAGCAGCUGAGGCUCCUGGCUGUGCCCUUUGGGCUGCAGGCACCCAAAGCAACCACGGGGCCAGGUCUCGGUAGUGGUGGCAGCGGCGGCGCCCAGAGCAGUGGUGGGGUGGGUGAUGAUGCUUUGGAGCCCCUGACCCUGCCUCUCCCUGCCCCCAACGAGCCCACCUUCCUGCUGUACACGGAGCAGCUGGCCCGGAAGGAGGUGGAGCUCCUGGCCCUGAGAAAGCAGAAGCACCAGCUGGAGAUGGAGGCUCACCAGUUCCAGGAGAAGCUGCUGGGCGAAGGGGAGAAGCACCGGGAGGAGGUGUCUCUGCUCCAGGGCCGCAUUCAGAAGACCUUCAGGGACCAGAGCAGGGAGGGAGCCAACCUGGAGUACCUCAAGAACAUUUUCUACAAGUUCCUGACUUUGACAGAUUCGCUGGGACGCCAGCAAACCCUGACAGCCAUAUUGACUAUUUUGCAUUUUAGCCCAGAGGAGAGGCAGGCUGUCCUGAGCCACAUGGAUGGAGGCAGCAGCUGGUGGCUUUCGGGGAAAAGAUGAAACCCAACCCCCUCUGCUUGCUCUGGG